AUGUUGAUGGCGGGCGCUUUGCCGGCCGAGCCUGAGGGGCUACUGUCCCUGGGUAGUUUACCCGGUCAAAAAGACACCACAUGGACCAAACUCUUUGUCGGCGGUCUGCCAUACCAUACCACGGAUAAGAGCUUGCGAGAGCACUUCGCGGUUUACGGAGAUAUCGAGGAGGCAGUAGUCAUCACGGAUAGACAGACUAGCAAAAGUAGAGGAUACGGAUUCGUAAUAAUGGGAGACAGAGCGGCAGCGGAACGUGCCUGUAAAGACCCCAACCCAAUCAUUGACGGAAGGAAAGCCAACGUGAACCUAGCAAUACUCGGAGCGAAGCCUCGAGGGAACUUAGCGCCUGGUGUAACUGACUGGAUUCCGGUCGUAACAGCUUCGCAGAUUAUUAUUGUUAGGAGUUGGCACGAGGGACAGGCGAGGGUCGGCAAGAGGGGCGGGGUAAACAGGCACAGUACAAUGGGUGCGGGCGCGCAUGACGGCCACCUGGCCGAACCGUGGCGUACCGGUCCUGCCAUAUGCCCCGUGCCACGGCCCAUAGCCCACUAUUCGCCAGCCGCACUGAGUGUCAUUAGCUCUGUGUAUUGA